GUGGUGGUGGCUCCCGGUCGCUCCCGUUCGGUCUGUUCCCCAGGACCCCCCCCUCCUCCUCCACCACCACCCCCCAGGUCCCCCCCAGGUCCCCCCCCCAGCUUAACGAGUUCCUGAUCGCAGCUUCCCGAGGGUUUAGUUCCCCCUAUCCCGGUUUCCAGACCGCCGGUGAAACGGGUCCUCAGUUUAACGGGGUUACCACGUCCCGGGUUAGGUAACGGGGGUCCAAAUCCGCUUAACGGAUUCCAGUUCUCUGUGUAAGGGGAUCCUCGUCCCCGCGUACCGGGUCAUAGGGUCAGGUUAGCGUGGUCCAAAUCUCGAUUAACGAAUCCUCGUGUGAAGUAACGGGGUUCUAACCGCGGCUAACGGGUCCCAGUUGUCCGGCUAACGGGGUUCCAAGUCACGGAUUCUUGGUCUCCGGCUCGCAGGCUAGGUCCCAGUAUCUUGGUGGUCUCAGGGCACAGGAGUGUCACUCGUUCCUAGUCCCAGGACCACACGCCCCCAAAGUCCAGACUCUCAGCUGCUGGGACCAGGUCUCUGGGACCAGAUCUCUGGGACCAGCUCUCUCGGAUCGGAUCUCUGGGACCAGCUCUCUGGGACCAGCUCUCUGGGACCAGCUCUCCCGGAUCGGAUCUCACGGACCCAGGUCACCCGGCACCAGGGUCACCCGCAAAGACCUCGGCCACCCUCGGCUCGACUUGUCACGGGGGAAUGAUGACGGCCAUCCCCGAAGUGACAGUGCUGGAGGCCCCCGGCGAGAGAUUUGACUCGUCAACAGAGACAAUAGGCAGGGCAAGUGGUGGCACCCCCAACUGCUCCCCGACCCUGGGCCGGCGCUCCCUGCCCGAGUCCCGGCCCCCAACUCCGCAGCUAUCCGAGCCGCGCCCUCCAACCCCGCAGCACCCCGCUGACCUGCGACCCCCAACCCCGCAGUUUGACCUGCGACCCCCAACCCCGCAGGCUGACUACCGACCGCCGAGUCCCCAGCCCUCCCCUCGCGACCUAAGGGGCGGCGAGGGGCGGCCGGGGACCCCGCGACCCGCCGAGGCGGCGGCGGCCGACGGGAACGGCAUGGUGGAGAAGGGCUCGGAGGCGGCGGCCUGCAUCGCGGACCGCUCUCCCACGGGCAGCACGGCCGGAGUGGCCGCCGUCGCCGCCAUCGCCGCCGCCGCGGCCGCCGCGGCCGCCGCGGCUUCGGCCUCGUCGACAGCCUCGCCCGGCGGCAGCGACGGGCCCGGCGCCAGGCUCAGCUCCACCUCGUCCGGCUCGUCGCGCAGCGGCAAGGGCAGCAAGAAAAGUCAGAGCUGGUACAAUCAGGUGUUAAGUCCAACGUACAAGCAGCGGAACGAGGAUUUCAGAAAACUCUUCAAGCAGCUGCCCGAGUCCGAGCGUCUCAUCGUAGACUACUCCUGUGCACUGCAGAGGGACAUCCUGUUACAAGGCCGCCUCUACCUCUCUGAGAACUGGAUCUGCUUUUACAGCAACAUCUUCCGCUGGGAGACACUGCUGACGAUACGCCUGAAGGAAAUCACAGCCAUGACGAAAGAGAAAACAGCAAGGCUAAUACCCAACGCCAUCCAGAUAUGCACCGAGAAUGACAAGCAUUUUUUCACAUCACUGGGUGCACGGGACCGUACCUUCAUGAUGAUGUUUCGACUGUGGCAGAAUGCUCUGCUGGACAAGCCGCUUUGCCCGAAGGAGCUGUGGCAGUUUGUGCACCAGUGCUACGGCAACGAGCUGGGCCUAACGAGCGAGGACGAGGACUACGUGCCUCCGGAUGAUGACAUCGCCACCAUGGGCUUCGUGGAGGAACUGGUUGGGGAGGACCCGGACCUCAACGAUUCCUCAAAAGCCACCAACGACUCUCGCUCCAACCCCAGCCCCCGGCUCUACCACAAGUACAACUCCUUCGACACCCUCGCGAACGGGGACGGGGACGACCUGGGCUCGGGCGACGGGCAUUCGGAGCGGGGUUUGGGCGGCGGCGACAUGCCGAUGCCGCAGACGCCGUCGCCGCCGUCGCUCGACAUGAACACCAACGAGGGCAUCCCCACGGAGCUCAGCGACUCCUCGGAGACGUCCGACGAGCACGCGCCGUGCGAGGUGGACUGCGGCAUGGGCGACUUGUCGGGCCGCGUCGUCGUGAACGCCGUCUUCCACCUGGGCGCCGACAAGCUCUUCGACCUGCUCUUUCACGACCCCGAGUUUGGCCGCAACUUUGCAGAGUCUCGCAAGCUGCUGGAUUUCUGCGUGCAGCCGUGGAGGAAAGAGGCCACGGGUCACAUGACGCGAGUGCUCACCUACGGCGUGGCGAUGUCCAACCCGCUCGCGCCAAAGUCGGCCAACGGAACGGAAACACAGACUCUGUACAAGAACAGCCGGGAGGGCGAGUGCUACGUGGUCGACGCCGAGAUCUUCACGCACGACAUCCCCUACCAGGAUUACUUCCACACGGCCCACCGCUACUGCAUCCUGCGCAUCACCAAACACAAGUGCCGACUUCGGGUAUCUUCAGAGAUUCGCUACCGGAAGCAACCCUGGGGUCUUGUGAAGACCUUCAUCGAAAGGAACACAUGGAAUGGCAUCGACGAUUAUUUCCGGCAUCUCGAGUCGGAGGUGGGCCGCGCGGAGAAGCUGCUGCUUGCCGUCGAGACGGACAAACCACUGGGGCUGCGGCGGCGCAAGCGCCUGCUGCACCGUGUCGGGGUGGCGGCCGCAUCGGCCGCGUCGCCCGUCACCACGCCGACGGACGAGGACAUCGUGGACCCUCGCCGCAUCGUGCCGGGGCCACGCGCCUCCACCGGCUCCAACACUUGCCGGGUUCUCUACGACGACAGUCGGCAGAGGCGGGACGCCGGGAGUUCACCGCUGUCUCGCGUGCUGCUGCUCAUGGCGUUCGUCCUCCUGGUGCUGCUGUGCCUCAACGGGGUCCUCUUCUACAAACUCUGGGCCCUCGAGACGACCACGCAAAACCUCCAGCUCUUGCAGAGCCUCAGGAGGAGUAGCAGGGCGCACGUGCCGCAGUCGGAGCGCGAGUGGGCGCGAGUCAUCGAGCAGCAGCAGCGAGCUCACGAGGCGCAGCUCGGCAAGUGGAGGGAGGCUCUCAAGCUCACGCUGUCGCACAUCGACCAGCUUCGCGAGUCUCUGGCGAGGCUGCACCGAGGCGUUCACUCUCCGGACUCUUCCACUCCGUGGCGGGGGGGGGACGAAGGUUCCUGAAGGCGCCUGAAAUUUACUAACAAGAAAAAUAUUGAAAAACAUGCGAAAGGAAAAAAUGAAGAAAAAAACCACAAACUGCUCUUCCUGUGAAGAAAACAUGGAACAUGUGCAAUUUACAUUUUACUGUAAUCCAAGUUUGGAAAUGAGGGAAGCGGCCGAUUGGAAGUUGUUGAAGAUCGCUGCCUCCCACCAGGGCGUCUCUUUGUAUCCAUUCGGCCAGGAAACACGCGGUGGUAACCGGAGGAGAGGUGGGAAACUUGAAUGUAUAAACAAAAGCAAGGACAUUUUUUCUUUCUUUUUAAACACGAGUGAACCUGUUGUAUAGUUGUUUGACAAACGGUAUAUUUUUAAGGGGUUUCUUUUUUUAAAGCCCAAAUCUGUCCGUUUUCAUUUCCCUAUUUUCCAGACUCUCUUUCUUUGAGAAUGGUUCCUUAGCAAGGAGCACAGACACUUUUGUCGAUCAUGGGAAGGUUCAUGGAAAACAAAUAACAUUAAAUAGGGGCGUACUUAUUAUCAAUAUCAUAUUGAUUGCGACGUCAUAGAUUUGUGAAAGGUGUCUUCAACACCUUUCACGUCGAAUGUUUCCUGUGAAACCAUUAACGAGUGGAGCUAAAGAUAAGGAAAGGAUGCGUAGCCCCGUAGCGUAGAUCGUAGGCUCACACACAAACCUGCCUCACAUCUGUGGAACUCGUAAACAAAAUCUUCACGUCGCAUGGAUUUGGACAGCUGUAAAGGGCGAUCGAUGAAAAGCGAAUAAACUCCCGUCCACAAUAGGGAAAUUAACACAGUUGUAUUUCUUUGGGACUUUCUGGAAGCGCCGUUUGAACGCGGGGACAGUGCUGGUCAAAGCGCGCUCCCGGACAGUGUCAUCGGUGGAGGGGGUGACGACGCAAACGCAGCGGUUGUGGCGGUGAUGGGCAAGCACGCGGUGUCCCUGAGACGCUAUCACCCCCCUCCCCCCCGCCUACUUAACGUAUGUACGUUGAACUUCUUUUGCACCGUACGUAGUCAACUGUGAUAAUCGGAGGUGUGCGGGGGGGGGAAGGAGGAUAAACUCAACACACAAAGCAGUUCUAAAUACAUUAGUUUUCAAUCUUGAUUUAAAAGCGAAUAGCGUCAGUGGCUUUCUGAUAUGGAAAGGAAGAGAGUAGCAGACGGCUGCAGAAGCCCAACCAAAAGUCAACUUUAAUUCACAUGGCUUCUACAACAAUCACACUGGUCAACAAACUUUUUCUGGAAAACGGUAUUCCAACGGUAUUAAGGUCAUUUUCGGGUGCUUAUUGCAAAUCUGGCAUCAGUUGUUGUCUAUCACAUCAGGUUUUUGAGAUAUAAAAUAUUGCAUUUUCAAUAAAAACUGCAGAAGAAAAAUAAUAAAUAAUUGUGGAUAUCUACAUAAAAUGAUAUUAUAAACACACUAUCCUAAAAAUACAGCACCAUAUUUUAACACUAAAGCAGUCACUGACUCGCAACAACUUGCAAUCAUAAGUGACAGAGUUAAUUUCGGGUAGAAUCAAUGAAAAUCUGGUAUGCCGAUAGUAUAAAAAUUAGAUGUGAUAGAGCAAAUCUGAGAUCAGAUUUGGAAUCAGCACCCUGAAAUUAGUCUAGAACAGCUGCAAAAGUCCAGGUCAGAAAGAAAUAUUUUUUUUUUGACCAGUGUCAUCAUUGCUAUUAUUGACCCACGAGACUCAGGUUUUCAGGAGGGCCCUACUUUGGGCAUAUUUGGCCAAUACCAUUAAUGAGUGUUUGGGCACGUGGGAGGAAACUGGAGUACCUGUGGAAAACCCACACAGAUCAGGGGCAUCACUCAACAUUUUGCCAUCUCCUGGCCAAACCUCACAUCCUCAUGCCCACACGUCACCUGGCAGGCAAUGCACGGUAGUCGUCCAUUUAAUUCAGUCAUCGAGUACCAUCGCACAAGCCGUGCGCCCCGAGAUGCCAAUACUGGGCAGAAUUGGGAGUCGGCCCUGGCGGAUUCCCAUUGCCAGGGGCGGCAUCCACGUGGUCAUACUAACGGGGUGAUGGGUGCUAAUGAGGAUUCACCAUAAAUCUCGACUUAAAGCUUCCGUGACUGCAGGAAUUCCUAUUCGUUGGGUCUUUCGGCAAAGUCCACCUAUCUACGUGACUUUACCGAAAGACCCAAACAAUAGGAUUCACCAUAAAUCUCACGGCUUGUGUGGUCUCACGCGACACAAACCCACAGGCACUGGCGAGAAGCGGCUGCGAAACAAACCGCGGCUCUGCCACCAACGUUGGCUGUCAUUCGUUUGCUCAUCGUUCGAUUCUUCAUCGUCGACGCCACUUGCUUCGCAAUCGUUCAGCCAGGCAGGGGCGGAGAAAUUCCUCGUCGGGUUUCCAUUGCAACCAGUCGAUCGCACUGACCAGGGAGGCGUGGGGUGCGCUGUCAUUAUCUCGGCCUCUCCCGUCAAGGUCCAUCGGAGCCCUGCUGCGUUGUGCACGUGUUCGCGUUAAGUCUGGCUUGAUCGCCACCCAGAUCCAUACUUUGUAUUUCACUCCGAGGCAGAGAAGAUUAUCUCGAUGUCGACAUCUGCGCUGUGUUAUCCCCAAAGGAAAAGAGGGCUAGAAAUACAAUGAUUGCGAUCCCUCAGCCCGUUAAUCACACUUCAACUCAACCGCACGUAACGUUUAAAUGCAAGAUGAUAAACACUCUCGACUCUUGAUUACCCGGAGUAAUGGGGCCAGAGGAUUUUUUUUACCUGGAUUAACACUUUAAACACGCAUUAUUUACAUCAUUUAUUUUAUUGUUUAUCGAAGCAAUCGGUUUACUUGUUUUGUCACGUGCUCACUGGCGUCACCGACCCCUUAACGAGUUACGAGUCAAUAACGAAACCAGCGUGCACGAUAAUAAAGGGUGCAAAAUAGCGCAGUUCAUCCGCCACAUGGAUAAUCUGCCCAUGGAUAGCAGAUACUUAAGGACAUGCAAAGCAAGGUAAGGUGUGCAUAGCGUAAGUAAGCGACGAGGCAGAACCGGCCCGAGACCUUUAGGGGCCCUAAGCAAAAUUUGGUUGGAGGCCCCUUUGAUGUAUGAUUUUUUUCACCCACUAGCUAGCAGUGACUCUAGGGGGCCCUCUGCUGGCCACGGGGCCCUUUGCAAUUGCAAGGGUCGCUUAGUGGCUGGGCCGGCUCUGCGACGAGGCUUACCCGUCGGCGGACUACUCGGUGAGUGAAGGUGGCUGUUGUUGCGCGUGCGUCUGUGCGUCUUUGCGUGCGUGGCAUUUGGUGAAGGGAUGCAGAGUUGUCCGUCUUUCUUUGUCUUCCCGUUUGCGUCAUUCAUUUCUAAACCCACGUGUGUUGCUGUAACGAGAGCGCUCCGUGCACGUCUCGAAAAUUAGAUUUUGUUUGAACCGAGCGAGAAGUCCGAGAGGUCAGGAUAGAGUCCCCGUUUGCAAGAUCGACUCGGGGCACGAGUCUUGGAAGUGGAGGGCGAUGAUCGCCGCUGCUUGCUGUGUACACUCGUCCCGGAUUGAGUGACGGUGCUGAACGAGGUACAUUCAUUCAGCGUUAUUGCCCACGUCUGCUGCCCACGUUUUGAGAGCAUUUGCAAAAUGCGCAGUUUCUGUGGGGGGUUUUUUUCUGGCCGCGUUCCAUUCGUAACAAUGCAGACUUGGAUUCUGUUCAGGAGGCAUCUUAACAAUUCACGGAUUUAAACUAAUUAUGCUAACGAUACAUUCUUCUAGCCGUGCCUGUAACAAUCGAUUAUGAUUUAUGCAAAUUAUGGAGUUUACAAACGGUACAUAAUAACUCAAUUAUUGAAUGGACUCAUGACCCCCCCCCCCCCCCCGCGUCAUCACAAUUUGAACUGAGUUCAUCAUAAUCAGCCAUGUUCAAUCCACUGCUGGAUGGAGGCCUCCCAAAACCACCGCCACCUCGCGCGCGUUCCAGCGAUGCAACAAUUUGCCGAGCGCCUGCGCACGAACUGACUUUAUCGCUCCAUCUCCUCAGUGCCCGUCCUCUGGGAUGCAUAACAUUCAUCGGUUGCCAACUUCCAUUGUUCUCAACCACACUGGUCAACACACUUUUUCUGGCAUAAGGUAUUCCAACGGUUUUAAGGUAAUUUUGGGGUGCUGAUUCCAAAUCUGGCAUAAGUUUUUGUCUAUCACAUCAGGUUUUUGAGAUGUCAACUAUCGCAUUUUCAAUAAAAACUGCAGAAGAAAAAUAUUAAAUAAAUGUGGAUAUCUACAUAAAAUGAUAUUAUAAACACACUAUCCUAAAAAUACAGCACCAUAUUUUAACACUAAAGCAGUCACUGACUCGCAACAAUUUGCAAUCAUAAGUGACAGAGUUAAUUUCGGGUAAAAUCAAUUAAAAUGGGGUAUGCCGAUAGCAUAAAAAUGAGAUGUGAUAGAGCAAAUCUGAGAUCAGAUUUGGAAUCCGCACCCUGCAAAAGUCCAGGCCAGAAGUUUUUUUUUUGUUGACCAGUGCCAUCGCCCAUCAUCAUCGCGUAUAGCUGCCAUGAAGUGUCCUGCCCAAGCCCAAUUGCUGAACAGUUUGAAAUGUGUCAUUAAGCUGUUGAUGCGUUCUCCACUCCACAUGUUGCUAUUCCAGCCGUCUGUUAAUCUUACUCCAAGAUUGCAAUUUUCCACGCUUCUUUGCACAUACCCUGAACAAUAAGUGCACCAAACUAAGAUCCAUUGUACUCCUAACGUAAACCUUGUUCCAAAUUCUACCUUCUAUUCUCGAUGCUAUAACACUCGCCCGAUCACCGCAACUUACCACUACAAUUAAACUUACACCGGGCAAAUCGCUGCUCCCCUUCAGAGAGAGAGAAACGAUUCUGGACUAUUUGGAAAACUCUGGUGGUUGUGCAUUCUGACUAAAGUUACGUUUCAGCGCAGAUAUAACGUCUCCAGAUAUUAAUAUAUCUGUUACUCCAUCGGUCUAUUUGGUUUUCCAGGCAAAUCUUUUUCAAGCGGCAGCGUUCUGUUGAAGCAAGUAAACUCUGAACCGGUUUAUGAUUUGACCCAUAAUGCUUCCACAGCAACGCACGAGUUUGUGUAAGUCAUGUUUACUCUGAGAAUAUUGGCUUAAUAUGGAUGUCCCAGUCUAUUAGGGGUCCCCAGACUACAAGCUAUUUCAAAAUGUACCAGGUAAGGGCCACUGAGCGAUUAGCUUAAUUAUCCGAAUCAAGCUGGCCACAAACGAUAGCUCAACGGAAGUGACUUUCCACGUGUAAAUGUUUCGCACCAACCAAAGACGCACGUUUCUAAACGUCUCAUGGCCAACACCAGUGACGAUCGUCUGAAGCAGUCCUGGGCUUCCACUAAGUCGACUCAGCCUCAAAUGAGUACCUGCUGCGUGUGUAAAAAAAACAUUGCCACUGGGGAGACAAAGGUGGUCGGGCGUUGCGUGGUGUUGUACCGCGCCUGCCUUCAUAUCGCUCACGGCACCUGUCCCAACAGUCUGUUAAGGCACCUGCUUAGCACGGUUGGCUACGUACGGUGCUAAAGAAGUUCACUAUACAAGGCUUAUACGGGGGAUCUUUGUAUUUGGUGUCCCCAUUACAGCUUGCAACUGGUGACCGUCCACUGAGAAAACUCUUUAAUAUUUGGUUAUUUGAGAGCACCUUCAAGGUUGGGUAACUUUGUUGAGAUAUCCGCGUGCUUUGGAAACAUCUGGAAGUACUGUAGCCCUUAAACGUUGAAUGUUUUUUUUAGCAACAUCUACUGUUGCCUAAGCACUAUUUAAAUACGUUUUGAGUUGCUGUUGUACGACCGCGUUACGUGCGCCAUUGUGUGGUCACUUUAGAAGGUAAUUCAAGAACUAACGUAAACAUUUACACGAACCGUAGAUGGUAAGCUCUGCCAACAAUGUGCCCCUCCAAAAUAUUUAUUGUAAUUACCAAAAUGACUUGAAGGUGAUGAAGGAUAUGUUUUCCUUAUUGUAUUGGUCUCUUAACGACUGGAAAUGGAGAGACGUGUACAAUGUGUGUGUAUGUGUGUGUGUGCUCCAUUAUAUUGGGCAGCAGGAAAUCUGCAUAGUGACCUUACAGAGUGUCUAUUUUGAGUUGUGCUGUGGAGUAUCUGGACCACUAAUGUCAUGCUCCACAUGCUCCACCGGUAGUCCCAGAGCACUACUCGAGACGCCUAUGGGGGAGGUUGACCCUGCGUAUUUCCAUGGCGGUGAUAGAAAUCUGCGGAAGUUCCUUGUUACGUUUGUAUUGAAACGCAAUUUGAUUUACUCCGGCACUGAACGAAUCUGGAGCUUCCGCGGAUUAUUUUUUGGUGACGGUGACAGCUCGUUCACAGCGCACGCCACUUGCAGGCCGUCCUAAGGUGGGUGGAAGGGGGGGGGCCUUGACGUUAAUGGCAAAAUAAUCGGCAAUGACAUUUCGUCUUUAACAAAAAUAAAUGGGGAACGCCUAGAGAAUGGUGAGGUCAGGUUGCGGUGCUUGGCUCGUGCGUGGAUGAUUGGGCAAUGGCAGUGUCCGAUCGCUGGGCCCGUUUGUUGACUUGAGCUGGUUUUUCCCAAGUCACUGAUCAUAUGUAAAUAUAUGAAAUGAAAUGCAUAAAUUAUGUAAGUGCGUGGAGAAUGGCCCGAGCAAAGUAUCUGGAUACUUGCGAUUUCCACUUUACGAAAAAUCUUUUUGCAGGAUAUAUACUCAAUGUGUAUAUAUGCAUAUACUGUAUACAUAUUAUUGACAUGCAUACAUGUAUAUAGUUGUUUCGAUACAUGUAUGUGUAUGUGUGUGUUGAUACUAUGUAUUGUUUAUAUACAUUUCUUCAUGUAUAAUGUACAUAUACACACACACGCUACACUUUGCGGGAGAGUUGAGCUACGUGAUUAUUUAGGAAAACCAUUACUCUCAUGAUUAUGCUGUUCGAUUGCUCAACUAACAACAACAAACAUAGUAAAAAAAAAAUUGCUUCUGUUUCCACGUGUGCCGCUGGACGGGAGGUGAUGGGGCAGGGCUUGGCGAUGUCAUCCGCAUCAUCGUCCGCGUCACGCUGGACGUGGCUUUUGGGGGGGGGGGUGGGCCUCUAUUUUUAAAGAGGUCCCGCGAAGUUUAACCACAACAAGAAAUGGGAGUCGAUUUCGAUUUUUUUGUCGAUCGGCGAAUCGAUCCCCGAGGUGGGGGGGCUCUCUUUAUUUCGUACACUGACCUUGCGGCGUUAACAUUUUGAGCUGUUGAUUUGCAUUGUUUGUGAUGGCUUCAUUGUAACAUUUGAAUGUGGCUGGGCGAGUUGGGUGGCAAGUGGGACCCGUUGGCUGCAGCGAAAGGCCUAAGCAAUGCUCGUUAGGGAACAGAGGCAACGUGAGAAUGUGUAUUUAAUUUCUUUGCUAUUUUAAUGUCAUUGAAGUCAUUGUUUUUUUUUACAUCAAGCAAAAAAAAUCUGCCUAAUCUGUACAGGAAAAAGUGCGUUACUCCCAAUAAUCCUUGUUUUACUUUGAGUUGCUGUUCUGGGAGAAUUGUGUUAUUCCAAGAACUGGCUGCCGGAAAUCGAUGAGUCUCUUCCCAUUGGAAGCGCUGUGUGUGUGCGUGUGUGCAAGACCUCCUACUCUCCCACCCCCCAGUGAGAACCUUGCAACAAAGGCCAUUUCAGUCUCCUUAACUUUCAGGAAGCAGUGGGCACAUUCUGUGGGCCCUGCGUACAGUCAUUGUAAGUGACCCAAGACAGUAAAUAAGUAAGGGCUUAGAGCAUGUGUAUUGUUUUAUCCUGUACUAUAAAAACACGUUAUAACACCCAAUUAGAUGUUUCUAGUAUUGAUGCAAACACGUCUUAAUUUGAUUUAAGGAAGAAAUUACCUUAAACAAUCCCCUGAAGAAUGCUUUCACUGGCUUAAAUUGUCAGCUGGGAGAGAGAGAGAACUUGGGUUGUUUUUUGAUUGUGUAUAACGUUUACACACUAGCAAUGGAAUUUAAUUGUUUAACACAAGUAUGUUUUUCUUAAACAACUUAAGUGGAUUUUUCUUUCUUUGAACUUGAAGUGCCGCAGCUUUCUGUUUAAAGUUGUAUUAAGUACAAAUUCAGUAUUUAUGAUGAAAGUUCUGUUUUAGUUGUGAAUUUUAGGUUGAUUUAUAAACGUAGAUAUUUUGACCGAAGCACUCCUUUGAUAAACCUUAAAACAUAUCCUUUACCCCAGCGAGAUGUAGAGGCGGCACUAAUUUAAUUUUCACGUUGAAUUUACCGCUAUUUGUUUAAAUUAUCUUUUAAAACUUGUGAAUGAAUGUCAACUCUAAUACGCAAUUGAUUUUCUCUUUGGGUCAGAGCCGAUUGGUUAUACAAGUUAACUUUGUGGAUUGCUCAAGAUUUGAUAAUAAGUUGAAUUGAGUUCAAAUGUGGCAGAACGAAUAUAGGGCUUUGUAGAAAUGUGCGUUACGCACUGAAUUGAGAUGAACGCGGGAUAACAUUGACCAAUAAAUUAUGGAAUCGAAAAACAGCACCAUUUCAUGCUAUUUUCGAAUCUAUGUUUAAGCAAAUUGGAGUGCAUCCAAAGCAUGUUAAUGCUUCCUUGAUUGAAGUUUAAUGCAUCACUUCUGCAGAUCUCUAAAACGCUCUCGGCCACGUAAAUCCAGUUCAGAUUCGGUGAAUGAUUCUAACAGAUGGCUUGACACUGUUUUGUGUUGACAUGUGUGAGAAAUGAAUAAGUUAAAGAAAAAUGUGUUAUUUUGAAAUAAAAUUGAUAUUUAACUUGA